GGUAUAUAUAACCUCAAGAGCUCAGUGCCCCUCACAUUGCCAGCAUCUUCUCUCCUCACUCACCCUUCCUGGUGCUUUGGGCUCCCCUUCCUUCUUAGCCAAGAUGUCUUAUCAGAAAAAGCAGCCCACCCCCCAGCCCCCAGUGGGCUGCGUAAAGACCUCCGGCGGCGGCGGCGGCGGCAGCGGCGGCAGCGGCGGGGGCGGCAGCGGCGGUGGCGGCUGCGGCUUCUUUAGCGGCGGCGGCUCCAGCGGGGGCAUCGGCGGUUCUGGCUGCGGCUACUCCGGCGGCGGCGGCGGCUCCGGCUGCGGCGGGGGCUCCUCCGGCGGCGGCGGUUUCGGAGGCGGCGCCGGGGGCUCCGGUGGGAGCGUCAAGUACUCCGGGGGCGGCGGCUCCUCCGGGGGCGGCUCCGGCUGCUUCUCCUCCGGCGGCGGCGGCUCCUCCGGGGGCGGCUCCGGCUGCUUCUCCUCCGGCGGCGGCGGCUCCUCCGGGGGCGGCUCCGGCUGCUUCUCCUCCGGCGGCGGCGGCUCCUCCGGGGGCGGCUCCGGCUGCUUCUCCUCCGGCGGCGGCGGCUCCUCCGGGGGCGGCUCCGGCUGCUUCUCCUCCGGCGGCGGCGGCGGCGGCUCCUCGGGCCAGGCGGUCCAGUGCCAGAGCUACGGAGGCGUCUCCAGCGGCGGCUCCUCCGGGAGCGGCUCCGGCGGCGGCUGCUCCUCCGGGGGCGGCUCCGGCUGCUUCUCCUCCGGCGGCGGCUGCUCCUCCGGGGGCGGCUCCGGCUGCUUCUCCAGCGGCGGCGGCGGCGGCGGCUCCGGCUACGGCCACUCCGGUGGCGGCUCCAGCUGCGGCGGGGGCUCCUCUGGCGGCGGCGGCGGCUCCGGCUACGUCUCCUCGCAGCAGGUCACCCAGACCUCUUGCGCGCCCCAGCAGAGUUACGGAGCGGGGUCGUCAGGCGGCGGCAGCGGCGGCGGCAGCUGCUUCUCCAGCGGCGGGGGCUCUGGCUGCGGCGGCGGCUCUGGCUGCGGCGGCGGCGGCUCCUCCGGAGGUUGUGUCGUCAGCGGCGGGGGCUCCGGCUGCGGCGGCGGCUCCUCCGGAGGCGGCGUCAUCAGCGGCGGGGGCUCCGGCUGCGGAGGUGGCUCCUCCGGGGGCGGCGGCGGCUCCAGCUGUGGCGGUGGUUCCUCUGGGGGUGGCUCCGGGGGUGGCAAGGGCGUCCCGGUCUGCCACCAGACCCAGCAAAAGCAGGCGCCUAGCUGGCCAUGCAAAUAGGUCCCCCAGGGUGCCACAGAGGCGAAGGAGUUGGAGGUGUUCCCUGUGGGCGCCGAUGGGCUUAGAGCGCUCAUGAUA